UAUAGGGUUGGAGCGGGUUGGCAGCCCGCGGGGAUAGAACGCGGCGGGGCUCAGUGGCUUCGCGCCUGCUCCGGGUCUGGUAGACCGAGGGUACUUGGCACCGCCAGGGGGCGCGCUUCCCGAUCGCUCGGCCACGAAGGCGUGAGCUGGGUCCUCGCCGGCGACAACCCGAAAUUCUGGACCUCAAACCACGGACCACCCCCACCACCGUCCUGAUAGACGCGGGGCCCGCCGUGACGGACACCCCCGCGUCACCCUCAGGGAACCCAAAAGAGGGACCCAGAGGAGCCUACUUGUUUCAUGAUCGCUGGAAAGUUCAGCUAUCAGGAGAGUUGAUCUGGAAGCUCUCAGCAGAAGAUCCCAAGGGGACCUCGUCCCCUGCGGUCGGUCAAGGAAAGACACCAGCUGGCAGAGGUGGGCACCCCCUGGACGGCCUCGUGCCUCAGGGCCCAGUGUGAGCCUCUUGAACACGAUUUCUAGAAGAGCGGCCACACCCUUGCUGGACUUCGGCACCACUGCCCAGAUGAUGGCCCAGGAGGCUGUGGUCCUGGGGUGAUGGGACAUAAAAUGGCUUAGCAGGUGGAGCAUCAUGGAGGGCGACUGUCUGAGCUGCAUGAAGUACCUGAUGUUUGUUUUCAACUUCUUCAUAUUUCUGGGAGGGACCUGCCUGCUGGGCAUCGGCGUCUGGGUCAUGGUGGACCCCACCGGCUUCCGGGAGAUCAUAGCUGCCAACCCCUUGCUCGUCACGGGCGUCUACAUCCUCCUGGCCAUGGGAGGCCUGCUCUUCCUGCUUGGCUUCCUGGGCUGCUGUGGGGCUGUCCGCGAGAACAAGUGUCUGCUGUUAUUUUUCUUCCUGUUCAUCCUGAUCAUCUUCCUGGCAGAGCUGUCAGCAGCCAUCCUGGCCUUCAUCUUCAGGGAAAACCUGACCCGCGAGUUCUUCACCAAGGAGCUCACCAAGCACUACCAGGGCAGUAAUGACACAGACGUCUUCUCCGCCACCUGGAACUCCGUCAUGAUCACAUUUGGCUGCUGUGGGGUGAACGGGCCCGAAGACUUUAAGUUGGCAUCGGUGUUUCGCCUGCUGACCCUGGACAGUGAGGAGGUGCCAGAAGCCUGCUGCCAGAGGGAGCCCCAGGCCCGGGACGGCGUGCUGCUCGGCCGGGAGGACUGCCUGCUGGGGCAGAGCCAGUUCAUCAACAGGCAGGGUUGCUACACGGUGAUCCUCAACACCUUCGAAACCUAUGUCUACCUGGCAGGAGCCCUGGCCAUUGGGGUGCUGGCCAUCGAGCUUUUUGUCAUGAUCUUCGCCAUGUGCCUCUUCAGGGGCAUCCAGUAGAGGGUGGGGCCUGGAGGCACCCCGCCCAGCACUGCCUGGAGCCCACGGCCCUCCCCUCCCCCACCCCACCCCCUCACCGGGGAGGAGAGGAGGCUCCAGCCGGUGGCCCGGAAAAGGGCAGGCGCCGAGCGAUUUUUUCAACAAAAUGAAGACAGAAACGUGGACAUGGCCCCACUUGGACUCCAGGGCAGGAGCCACGGGCUUAGGACAGGACCGCAGCUCUGACCCGUGAGGCCCUCUGCCCCGGGACCAAAGGAACACCAUGCCAGGGCCCCGCCCAGGCAGACUUGGGCCUCCCCUGCCUCCAAGGAAGCAAGGAUUCCGGCAGCAAGGAACCACUGCUCCCAAACCCUGAGGGAGACUUGGUGGCCCCAUCUUUAGGGGCUCAGGACUCAGCACCAUGCCUGGUCUCGGGGAGGAUGGCACAGCUGCCCCCACUUCCGGCUGGGUGGAGAGGCGGCUGUGUGGAGACACUGGAUCCAGAGCAGCUCCACUGGCAGAGUUCUUGCUUUCCCAUCUGCUGGGCCAAAGAGGCCCAGAGAGGGCCAGGGGCUGUUCACAUUCACACAGCUCGGCGGGCAACUUCGAACAGAGCCCCAGCCGGCUCCAGGCUGCUGCCGCUCCACCCAGGACUCCAGCAGAAUUGCUGUCACACAGCCCCGAGGCCUCGGCGUCCUGGGCCCCCAGAAGUGGCCUGCUGGCCAGAAACUGCCUCCUCCCAGCUCUCCAGCAAAGGAAGUCUGCACUGUGACCCUCCCACCUCCUGUGUGUCGAACUCCCCCACGUAUGUGCGUCACAUCCCCCGUCCACACUGCUCCCCUCUCCGUCUCUUCCCAGCUCCCUGACUCUCAGGGUGAAAGAAGCCCCCAGGAUCAUCUUGUUCUCCUUCUCCCCACCCAGAACUGAGGCUUGAACGUGUCCUGCGAGGUUCCUGCCACACAUUCUCCACCUUGUUGCAUACCUCCUGAGGUGGAGAGCUCACUACCUCCUGAGGCACCCUCCUGCCUCUGGACUGCUCUGACUUUGGCAUCGCCAGAUAGAAGAGGCUCCUGUUUGUGGUUCUGUCCACACUUCCAUUUGGCCCCUCCUUUCUGGAGUGUUCAGGUCACACGACAACUCCCGCCAGCCUCCUUGUGUGCAGGCUGAAGAACCCUUGGGCAUCUCAGCCAUUCCUGCUGUCAGUUUCCUGUCCUUUCACUGUCCACAGGACAUUUGAGUGUUGCCUCCAGGCUCGGGCAGAAAUUUCCCCAUAGACUCAGAGGCUGUCAUCCACGCAAUGUCCCAAACAUACAAGCUUCACACUCUAGACCACCCUGAUGAUUAGGGGGUUGUGCUGACACAGAGGUUUGGUCUGUGCCCAGUGGGAGAGGGCCGUGGAACCCUUACUAGUGAUGUCUGAUGGGCACCUUGAAUUUGGUUAAUGAUGUCUGGCAGGCCCCUUGAAUUUGAUUAGUGAUGUUUGCCAUGGGCAUGGGGGGAAACAGCACAGCACCUGCUGUCCCUCUUCAGAUCCUAGAACUCAUUCCGUCUCCCCCUGCCCCAUAUCCAGCCUCCUGUCAAGCUUUCCAGCCAGCUGAAAGAGUUGCAAUCUAGAAACCAGGGCUCCCUGCCUGUUCCCUGCCCCUCAUCAGAUGUAGCCAGCCCUGGCAUCACCAUAAAUGAUGCUGUGUGUUCCCUAGAGGCUGCACCCCCAGGAUCCAUGGGACCUGCCCGUGGAGCUUCUGGGAAAGGCAAAUGGCUGCUGCGCGGUGGACCCCAAACCUCGCCCCACCCCAGCCAGGCAGGACUACAGCCCAGCUGCAGUCAGGGGUACCAGAAAGGUGCCAGGAGAGGCCACUGUGUCUGCACUGUGGAGAGCCAGUCUCCAGAAGGGGCACGUUAGAGAGGGCGAGGGCAGAGGAUCUGCACCCUCCUGGGAGCCCCGCUGGUAUCUAGCCUCACGCUAUGCCCCUCUCCACCUGUGCCCAGGGUUCCAGGCCAGAUCCCCCAACCAGCUGAGCCCCCAACUCCCUCAUCCCUCUCAGUGGGUCACGCAUCAAAAGUCUAUUUUGAAAUCUGUAAAUGUCCCUAGCAGCAGACAGCAGAGAUAAUUUAUCAUGGUUUUCUCCUGUGCAAGCCCCCCUUUUAUAUUCUAUAU